CAUCAGCAGAUGCAUGUGUUCCCCAGUCUACAAAGCAGACGAGAAAUGUCCCCAACAUUAAUUUGUUGACUCUCUGAAUUCAGAUUCAGAUUAGGUUACUGCAUGCUGGAGAUGCAGGUGAAUUCCAGUGAGUGGAAAGUGAGCGUAGAUAAGAGUGAGCCCUGAUAAUAGAGGUGGACGGGUUCACCUCUAUUUCUAUUUUCUUCACUUUGGAACAGGCUGCAGUCACACAUUCAUUUCCUCAUUCUCAAAAAGCUGAACCAUGUAGAGAAGUAGAGGCUGGUACGUGAGGACCGACUGACUCAGUAUUCAUGACGCUGUUGUAACCAGAGCUCAGGUUCUAUUUGGAGUAAGUCAGAAAAAGAACACCGCGCACUGUGCUUAGUAAAUACAAGAGUCUGUUGUGUACAUAUUCUCUGACAUGAACGUGCUUUGGCUCAUGAAACCAUGAGUGCAUUGUUGUGUUGUGGUGAUCAGCCUCACAUGUUGGUUCCUCUAAUAUAAUGUGGUCAGACAGGAGCAGGACCUUUCUGUCUGUCAUGUCAUCCUGUACCUCUGUGUCAUAUCAUGUGAUGAGGCGAUUAGGUUUGGAGUCCAAAGUCAAGCGGAGCUGCUGACCAUCACAGUGUCAGUCCACUCUUAAGCGUCAGUGUCUCUCUGUGUCAAAAUGGCCUCCAGACGAGGAGACCUUCCAGCUCUUGAGUUGGGUUCGUCAUCCACAUUCUUUGGUGCCUCGUCGUCUCCCGUUGGAAUGACUCGGCGUAGCAUCAGCUACGAUGCGCUCAUGGACGCCCCCAUACAUUCACCGCCUCCAGACCUGACUGUUAACAUCUUGUGGAAAGACCCAGUCAUCCCACAGCACAAGUUCCGCAAUGGAGCAGAGGAGGGAGAGAAGAGUGGGAAGUUGGUGACUUUUGAGGCACCAACACCAGUCAAGUCCCCUGUGCCGGUGGUGAAAGCUAAGGCCACCUCUUUAAUGACCUCGUUUAUGAUAAAGCAAAGCCAGGAGAAUCUUGAGAGGUUUGAGCACCAGGCUGGGCUGACAGACACGGGAUAUUCCCCCCACAAAGGCCUCUCCACUGAGGAGACACGCUUUCAUCGACACACGGUGCCAAAGUUGAGAAUGCCAAGUGGGGACUUCAAAGAGGACAGGCUUCCAACAUCAGCACAAUCCACCCCAAGUUGUACCCCUUCUGUCACCCCCAACGUCACCCCCUGCGUCAGUCCCUACGCGUCACCGGCUGCUACUCGCAGGAGCUGGUUCCAGCCAUCUCUUGCCACCCCAGAACUCAGUCCAAACCUCAGCACAGACAUGGGAGGAAAUGAAGGAGGAGGAGACAGGUGGAGUUUCUUUGGAACUCGGUCUGUGGUACAGAAGUCCCCCACUGACCCAGGCUCUGACACCAGCACAGGCUUUUCACUACAAUCCUACUUCGGCCUGCAGAAGUCCUCAACCAUGGAUGGCACCAACACACAGAUAAACCUCAAGGUGCAGGACCCUGCCAACUUCAUGACCCAAAAGAUUGAUUUAUUGGGUAUCGAGGGCAAGCCUCCACGGCCACACAAACUAAAACCUCGGGACAUGAAUGUCUUAACACCGUCAGGCUUCUGAAGCUGGACCAGCUGCGUGCAGUUCCACUUCUUUACCACAUCUCUCAGUUUUCUUUCUUUCUGUCUGGUAGCUUCCUAUAUCCCCUUUGUGAGAUAGUGAGGCUGAGAGGAAUAAGAAGGAUCACCUGUAGCAUUAGCUCACCUGCCCCAGAGACGUCACCACACGCUUGCUUCUCCCAGCAGCAAUUAGUCCACAUCAUCACCUUCUACCUAACUGGUCCAACUAAAACACCAAAUUACCUUCAUUUGUCAUUGUAAAGAAGGCUGUAUUAUUGUUGAUAUUAUUAUUAUUAUUGUUGUUGCACUCUUAUAUAAUGGGUGCACUAGCAUGCAAAUGCAUUGGUAACCUCAUUUUAUUGUCAGAUGUGGCAUGAGACUGAAGACACGGAAGCAUCAUGCCAUUCCCUUGCUGAAAUCAUCACGUCUCAUUCAAAAAGCUCAGUCGCCUCGUUUGAACCUUUUUUAUUUUAGAUAAGUUCACAAGUUGUGCAGUGCUUUUUGUCUGUUGGCAUGCAGGGUAUAGCACGGUAUGACUGAAUUAUGCCUAAACCUGCUUGUGACUUUCUUGUACAAGUUGAGCUUUUUGUUUUUGUAUCAUAUGCAAGAGUGUUUAAUUUUACUUCGACAGUAUGACUGAUAGCCUGAAAUCAUUUUUUUUUUAUUAUUGUUAUUUGAAAGUGUUUCAUUCAUAUUGACCUGCUUUAAUUCAACAUUGUUCAUUCUAAAUAGGUCAUUUGUUAGGUUUGUAUGAUUUUUGUUUAAUGCUUGCUUGAAGUGGUCAUUUUCAGUUGUGUGUAUGUGUGAGAGAGAGAGACACGGAGAGAUGGUUUAAGAAUCUACUCUGUUUUAUUAGAUAAACUUGAUUAAUUGCACAAGGGAGAUUUUCUCCAUCUCACGUCUGUAAAUAAAUCUGAUGGUAACAAGCAA